GCGCCCCUAAACCAACGUACUGACACCGCUACCUCCUCGGAACUCAAACUUUUACGAAAAUGCAGGAAAAUGCCAAAAAGAGGUUGAGGUUUGACGAUAACUGCAAAAGCAGUGAUAAAAAUGAUGGUCAAAGUGUGCCAUAUAUAGCCGACAAUUACAUAGAAUGGGGCGUUGAAGAGGUGUCUUGUUUUUUGAGGUCGAGAAAUAUCGAGGAAGAUCACAUCAAACUUUUCUGUGAUGAGAAGAUCACAGGAAGAACACUACCAGACAUAAAUGAAGGUCACUUGGAAAAAAUAGGAGUGAAGUGUCUAGGAGAACGGUUACAGAUCCUACAAGUUGUAAAGGCAUUAGUCCAGACAACUGUCUAUGGAGUGACAAAACGCACAAGGGUUUUGAACGACCCGAUCCAUGGCCACAUCGAGAUGCAUCCCCUCCUCAUCAAGGUCAUGGAUAACCCACAGUUCCAAAGAUUACGCUUUCUCAAGCAGUUAGGCGGGUGUUACUUUGUCUAUCCUGGUGCUUCUAAUAACAGAUUUGAGCACAGUUUAGGUGUGAGCCAUUUAGCCGGAGAACUUGUCAGAUUAUUGCAGAAGAAGCAACCUGAGUUGAACAUCACCGAUAAAGAUGUACUGUGUGUCCAGAUGGCAGGUCUCUGCCAUGAUAUAGGUCACGGACCAUUCUCUCAUCUGUAUGACAACAAGUUCUUGGAAGUAGCCAGACCUGGCUGGAAGUGGAAGCAUGAGGAUGGAUCUUCAGCUAUGUUCGAACAUCUGAUAGAAGUCAACAACCUGAAACCAGAAUUUGCCCGAUAUGGCCUCGCAGAUCAGGAUAUAACGUUUGUGAAAGAGAUGAUAGCUGGAUCAAAGAAACUCAACAGGCACCGGGACUGGCCAUAUCUUGGCCGAGACAAAUCGAAAGCAUUUCUUUAUGAGGUGGUGGCCAACAAAAGAAAUGGCAUCGAUGUCGAUAAGUGGGACUACUUUGCUCGAGACUGCCAUCACCUCGGCAUCCAGAACAGCUUUGAUCAUGUACGCUACAUGAAGUUCAUGCGGGUGUUGAAGGUGGACCAGGACUAUCAGAUAUGCGCCAGAGACAAGGAGGUUGGGAAUUUGUAUGAGAUGUUCCACACAAGAAACAUCCUACAUCAGCGUGCUUAUCAGCAUAAGGGUAAAAUGGUUAUAGAGGUGAUGAUCACAGAAGCCAUGUUAAAGGCAAAUGACUAUUUACUCAUCCCAGGAAAGGACAAUAAACUGUUGCGGAUGUCUGAAGCGAUGGACGACAUGGUGGCGUUCACUCAGCUGACUGAUCAUAUCUUCGAAGCCAUCCUCUACUCCACUGAUCCAAACCUCGCUGAAUCAAAGCGGAUUUUGACCGAUAUUCAAUGUAGACGAUUAUAUAAAUGUAUAGGUCAGUUAUCGCCUGGAGAAAGGAUUAAUAUUGAUGAAGAAAUAAGUAACAGAUACCGUAAAGAAAUCAUAGCUGCUGUGCCUGAGGAAAAGUUGGGAGGAAAACCACUCAAACCAGAGAAUCUAAUCGUCCAGGUGGCGCGUUUUGAUUACGGCAUGAAGGAGAAGAAUCCAGUUGAUAACGUCCGAUUCUACCGAAAGGGUGACCCAAAUACAGCAUUCCAGCUCAGAAAGGACGAGGUCUCCAAGAUGUUACCAGACACAUUUGCUGAGCAGUCAAUCCGUGUCUACUGCAAACUACUUGACGAGGAGAGCAUAGCAAAAGCAAAACAGUGUUUCAAUUCCUGGCGUGAACAGAACAAAAUGGCAACAUCGGAGACAGGUGCCAAUGAGUUCACUCCAAUCAAGAGUCGGCCAACCCCUGAGAAUCCACCUCCAACACCGAAGACACCAGAGAACACAAACCUAAGUCUUGCCAUGGAUUAGGUUACAGCAUCAAUCCUCUGGCAAUGAGCAAGUUAUUAUUUAACUCGGCAUUCAUGUCUUAGUGCAAUGUUUCGAGAAAUGCAUUGAACAUAGGACUGCCAAUGAUAGUGUUAGAAGCUGCAAAACCACAAAGAGUUAUUGAUGUUGGAUGAAUGUUUUUAUUGACUGCCGAUUUCUGAUUGUGUUUGAACACAAUGGUGUUAGUUAACAGAGGUAAUUGACCCAAACUGACUGAGGGUGGGGGUGUCUAAAGCGGUGCACAGGUCUGGAAGGUUCUUGCUUAUGUGAUCUGAAAUUAACUGUAAACACAGUUGAGUGUGUGCAGCGCAUGGUGGGUUUAUUUCAUGUCUGUGUUCAUUGUAACCAAUGCAAUAGUUGAAAACUUAUCGUAGGACAGCGAAGCUUUAAGCUAUAAAAUGGGACAUCGUUCCCGAUCAGACCUUAAUAUGGUCUGAUCGGGAAUGAUCUUCCAAUUUAUAGAAUGUUGGGUGCUGUUGUUGUAUCGAGUAGUACAAAAUGGUCGGACUGGUGGAUUUAGAGCGGAAGUUGGAACGCAUUUAUCACCCAUGGUAUGGUCACCUAUAGGUCCAUACAGUGGAUGGCCAGUAUACAGUAGCUCUGUUCAGAAUGUUCUCUAUGCCACGAUCAUCUAGCCAUACGCCACCUCAUUGUGUCGCAUAAUAAUUCUGAUCCGGGUUUCGUUUUAACUUCUUAUAAUUGCAAGAUAUGCCGUAUAGAUGUCAUUUCAAGGCUUUUAUUCUGCUGCACACCAUGAUAGCUCCUUAAAUAAGGGACCAACUUAUAGAAAUAGAUGUGGUAUUUUAUUGGUAAAUCAUCAGAACGGCUCCUUUUAUUUUGAAAAUGUUGUCUAAAAACAAACAGGACAAGACUGAUUUUAUGAGCUUUUGUAUGAUAAUUGUUUUAAUGAAUGUAUGAUUACAGGUGAUAACCUAUCGUAGUCUAGGUGAUCAGUUAUGCAUGAGGCAGUUUUAAUAGGAACCAUGAUUAUGUUCACAAAUGGUCUCCGGGGUGUUUCGACUGGCAUUUUAAUAUUGUAUCGCUAGGUGAUGGUUGUGUUAUUGAAGGUAAUCAGAGCAUAAUCAAUGAAUGUAAGUCCUUUGCCCAAGGACGUCCACAAGUAUCAAUGGUUGGGUGUAACCAUAAUGCAAUCAUAAUCUCAGACAGCAUGAGAAAAGCCUCAGUUUUAUAUUUGUAUUACAUGUUGUCCAAAAAAGAUGCCAUCUCAUUCUAUGCAAGACUAUGUUUACCUUGUGAAUUUUAUUUUUGUUACAUCCUGUAGCUGUACUUGCAAUAUCUACGACAAGGUCAAAAGUAUAUUAUAGGCAGCAUUCAUCUGCCUAUACCUGCUGCCGUAGUCUCGUGUACCCAUACAGAGCACAGAGCUUAGCACCAGAUAUUACAUAAAUCUACCCGAGUAUGGCCAGCUGGAAAUUAGAAUAGAUGCUACUUGCGGUUAGCUGUGAGUUGAGUAGACAGUGCUCAUCAAGGCAAAGCUGCAGGUAUAGGCAGGUGGAUGCUCCCUCUAAUAUACUGCUAAAGAAUGCGUGUACAAUGAUGCAUGAAAUAAAACUC